AUGGGCCAAGAACGAAGUAUGUUAUCGAGGAGAUCUCAAAACACUAUUGAGAUGUUGUCGAUGACAUGGGUGCAGUUUGUUAAGCUUAUCUGCGAACUCAAUGACAGAUGUGCUAAUUUUGUUGACUCAGAUGGAAGGCAUUUAUUGUUCGCAAUCAAAAAAGGCAGUGCUAAUACUCUGCUUUGGAAAGUGACUGUUAGAAUAUGCACUUUGAAAAUUAAUGCAAGAUCGGCAGAUUCCUACCGUGUGUUCUCAUUUGAACAAUUCCUUAGCCUUCAGAAAUCACUAUAUUAUCUGCUAAGAGACGCUAUCGAUGAGACAGACGGAGCACUGUUUCAAGGACGCGUUCUUGAUGCAUAUAUAGACAGGGCUUUUAACAUGAGUGAAUGUAUAAUAUGUAUGGAACGUAGACCAGAUGUAGUAUUGCCGUGUGUUCAUACUUUCUGUUCGAUAUGUAUCGAACAGUGGAAAUCAAUGGAGAAGGACUGGUGUCCGCUCUGUCGUUAUCCUUUACAACUUGAUGGAAGUGAUACAUGGGUAAUUCCGGAUGUUAUCGAAGGUGGCGAAUUGAAGAAUUAUUUGAUGUCCUUGGCGAAACCUGACACAAGCAGGAGUUGA